CACGCGAAUUCGUGGGCUGCCUUCACCCGCCGUUAUAAGUUCAGCAGGGAGGUUCCUUCCAAAAAAAAAGUCCACACCUCCCCAGUCCCCACACGCUAGUCUGUGCUGUGCGGGUGCCCCUCCCGCGUCGCCUCCCUCCGCUUCGGCAUUUAGCGCUGCCGCGAGAUAUCGAGGACGAACCGGAGACAGGAUGGUCACCGUCGGGCGCCGGCGCGGGUUUGUCACCUUCGCCGCUGCGGCGAUCGCUCUGAUGCAGAUCAGUUAUCUACUGUUCCCGAUCAGUGCGCAGCAAUCCAAUGGCUCAAGGGUUGUACCAGCAGAAGGUUACUGUUCCAUGUACGGCAUUUGUGCACAACGAAGUGACGGGAAGGUCUUAAACUGUGCAAAUGCAACCAAAGCUGUUAAGCCAGACACAUUGUUUUCUUCAAGGAUCCAAAGUUUGUGCCCAACAAUCACUGGCGAUGUCUGUUGUACUGUAGAUCAGUUUGACACAUUACACCAACAAGUCCAACAGGCCGUUCCGUUUCUUGUUGGAUGCCCAGCAUGCUUGAGGAAUUUCUUGAAUCUCUUCUGUGAGAUGUCUUGUUCUCCAAACCAAAGCCUCUUCAUUAAUGUGACUUCAGUAAAGCAGAUUAAUAGCACUAUGACUGUUGAUGGCAUAGAUUACUAUGUAACUACUAACUACGGUGAAGAGCUAUAUAACUCAUGCAAGGAUGUUAAGUUUGGCACUCUGAACACCCGUGCAAUGGAUUUUAUCGGUGCUGGUGCUAAAACUUACAAAGAUUGGUUGGCAUUUAUUGGGCGACAAGCAAACCUUAAUGAGCCAGGGUCACCUUAUUUGAUAACAUUUGGAUCGGAUUUUAGUGAUUCAUCUGGUGUGAAGCCUCUAAAUUCUACAAUUUAUUCUUGCGGCGACCCUUCUUUGGGUUGUUCAUGUGGUGAUUGCCCUUCUUCUUCUGUUUGCGCGGGAUCCUUGCUGCCUCAGCUGAAUACAGAAACCGCCUGUUCAGUUAAAAUGGGAUCUUUAAAGGCCAAAUGCUUGGACUUCUCACUAGUGGUUAUUUACCUUGCACUAUUAUGCGCUUUUCUGCUAUGGGGUUUGUUAUACAGAACACGAGGAAGAACUGCUUCCCCCUUGCAAGCAAAGCCAUUGAGGAAUUCAGAUAAUAAGUCGAACAUGAACAAAAAUGGCAAGAGCCCUCAUGACUCGGUUCAGGUGCCUGAAGCUGCAUCCUCUACUGCCAAACCAUCCAAUCCUUCUAUCGUUCAAACUUACAUGUCAAUUUUCUUUAGGAAGCAUGGAAUUUUUGUUGCUAGACACCCUCUCCGUGUGUUAUGUGUGUCAUUGCUUGUCCCUGUCCUCUUAUGCAUUGGUCUCUUUCGCCUCAAGGUUGAAACCCGACCAGAAAAGCUUUGGGUUAGCCCUGGAAGUGAAGCUGCUAAUGAGAAGAAUUAUUUUGACAGCCAUCUUGCACCAUUUUAUAGGAUUGAGCAGCUUGUGUUGGCCACUUCUGCAUCUGGUGGGUCCGAAGCUCCUUCAAUAGUAAAUGACAACAAUAUGAAAUUACUAUUUGAGAUUCAGAAAAAGGUUGAUGAUCUACGUGCAAAUUAUUCUGGGUCUAAAGUAGCCCUCGCUGACAUUUGCUUAAAGCCACUCAGUACAGACUGUGCUACUCAAAGUGUCUUGCAGUAUUUCCAGCUGGAUCCUAAAAAGUUUGAUGAUUCUGGAAUAGACCAUGCUAAAUUCUGUUUUCAGCAUUACACUUCUGAAGAGACAUGUUUGAGCACUUUUCAGUCACCUGUUGAUCCAAGUACAAUUUUAGGUGGUUUUCCAGGAAGCAAUUUUACCGAGGCUUCGGCAUUUGUAAUAACUUAUCCUGUGAACAACAAGGUUCAAACAACAGGAAAAGAGAACGGGAAGGCCAUGGCUUGGGAAAGGGCUUUUAUUAAUCUUGUUAAGGAAGAAAUACGUCCAAUGGUAUUAGCACAGAAUCUAACGUUGUCCUUUUCGUCCGAGAGCUCUAUCCAAGAUGAAUUAAACAGAGAAAGUACAGCUGAUGCAAUUACAAUAAUGAUUAGCUAUAUUGUGAUGUUUGCAUAUAUAUCAUUCACACUUGGAGACCGUCCUUCUCGUUGGCUGUUACUAUUUGUUUCAUCAAAGGUCCUGCUUGGUUUGUCUGGUGUUGUUCUGGUGAUGCUUUCAGUUUUAGGAUCAAUGGGAUUCUUUAGUGCUAUUGGAGUGAAGUCCACCCUUAUUAUUAUGGAAGUGAUUCCUUUUCUUGUGCUUGCUGUCGGUGUCGAUAACAUGUGUAUCCUUGUGCAUGCUGUCAAACGCCAACCAGAUCAGUCAAAUUUGGAAGAGCGGAUAAGUGAUGCACUGGUGGAAGUUGGGCCAUCUAUUACAUUAGCCAGUUUUGCUGAAGUACUAGCUUUUGCUGUGAGUGCAAUCAAUCCAAUGCCUGCAACCAGAGUGUUUUCCAUGUUUGCUGCACUGGCGGUCUUCAUGGAUUUCCUUCUGCAAGUGACAGCCUUUGUAGCCCUUAUUGUAUUUGACAUUAGGAGGGCACAGGAUGGCAGAAUUGAUUGUGUUCCUUGUGCGAGAAUCACACCAAGUACAGGUGCUGGUGAUGGUGGCGAUGGGCAGAGGCUUCACUUGCUUGCUAGAUAUAUGAGGGACGUUCAUGGACGAAUUCUCAGGAACCGAGCGGUGAAGUUCGUUGUAAUCACUGUAUUUGUAGGAUUGACAUUUGCAAGCAUAGCAUUAUCUACUAGACUGCAACCAGGAUUGGAGCAGCAAAUUGUUCUGCCACGAAAUUCCUAUUUACAGGAUUAUUUUGAUGACCUUGCAAAGUACAUGAAAGUAGGUCCACCAUUAUACUUUGUUGUGAAGGACUUCAAUUACAGCUCUGCGUCGGUGGAUACAAAUCAAAUAUGUUCAAUCAGCCAGUGUAAUUCAAAUUCUCUUUUGAAUGAGAUAUCACGACAAUCAUUAUCCCCUGAGACUAGUUACAUUGCUAAACCUGCUGCUUCAUGGCUUGAUGACUUCCUAAUUUGGAUGUCCCCUGAAGCAUUUGGAUGCUGUAGAAAAUUUGUGAAUGGAAGUUACUGCCCUCCAGACGAUCAGCCUCCAUGCUGCCAACUCGAUCAGGUUUCAGGCUCUUGCAUGACAAGCAAAACCUGCAGUAACUGUACAACGUGCUUCCUACACUCAGACUUGGAUAAUGGGCGUCCAUCCACAACCCAAUUCAGAGAUAAACUUCCAUGGUUUCUUGACGCACUUCCAUCGAGUGAUUGUUCUAAAGGGGGAAAAGGAGCUUAUUCAACAAGUUUAGACCUCAGUGGUUAUGAAAGUGGCAUUAUACAAGCUUCGGCAUUCCGAACAUACCAUACUCCCCUUAACAAGCAGAGUGACUAUGUUAACUCAAUGAGAGCUGCCCGGGACUUCAGUUCUAAAAUGUCCAGAGAUUUGCAGAUGAAAAUUUUCCCAUAUUCCGUGUUCUAUAUAUUUUUUGAGCAAUACCUGAGCGUGUGGAAGACAGCUAUCAUGAACAUAUGUGUUUGCCUUGGUACCAUUUUUGUUGUUUGCUUCAUAGUUACCAGCAGUUUAUGGGCUUCAGCAAUAAUUUUAACUGUGCUAGCAAUGAUAGUCUUGGAUAUGAUGGGGGUGAUGGCCAUCCUUGGUAUUCAGCUCAAUGCAAUUUCUGUUGUAAACCUUGUUAUGUCGAUAGGAAUUGCUGUCGAGUUCUGUGUUCAUAUCACGCAUGCCUUUAUGAUUGGCACUGGGGACAAAGAAACUCGUGCAAGGCAGGCUCUAUCCACGAUGGGUGCGUCUGUAUUCAGUGGAAUCACCUUGACCAAACUUGUGGGAGUUAUUGUCCUACGUUUUGCGAAAUCUGAAGUUUUCGUGGUUUAUUACUUCCAAAUGUAUUUGGCACUUGUCAUCAUUGGAUUCCUGCAUGGGCUUAUCUUCCUACCGGUCCUUUUGAGUUUAUGUGGCCCUCCUACAAAAUGGGCGAAGCCAAAAGAACAAAGUCAGCCACCUUCAGCUUCAAGUGAGCGGACUUGACAGGAUUUUAUUUGAGUUGGACGGUUACAUACUAAAAAAUCGAAAUAGGCUAGUUUGGUCGGUGUGCGUCCAUGUGCUGUCCCAGUGGAGCAGCAGCAGUGAGGCGUACAGCAUUUGCUGAAGGUGAAAGCAGUCUUACAGAUCUGUAGAAAAUGUUGUGCAUAUCCAUGUUAGCAGCCGAACUAGGUUAUUUGGUGUUACAGUGCUACACAUGGCGGGGAAGGAAACUAAGAGGCGAAUUGGGGCUCGGUGUUAACUAGUUGACUGCAGUCCGCUGGUUGUUUAAUUUGUGUCACCCAAGCCGAGAGUCGAGACUCGAAUAGUUUUGUACUGCUGUUGUUUUGGUAUUUGCUGUGGGCAUUGAGCUUGUGUCUAAGUUCCAUAUGCUUGCGAGGCUUGUUUUUAUGAGAACAUAUCUGGUGUAUAUGGGAGUUUGGUGUACAUAUUAAAUCAAUGUCAUUUAUUAGAUCUAACAUCUC